UAUCGGCUGUUAAAAGUGGAGAAAUGGAAGCUGUGUCAGGAGGUUUCCGGCUUCAGCUGAUGCAAUUUCCCUGCCGCCCCACCCGCUGCGAGAGCCGCUCUAGGAGAGACGGCUAGUUUCUUCGGGGCGUUUCCCUGGCGCCGUUGCACGUGCAUCUUUUGUCCUAUGGCGUCCGCCUCGGCUCAAGCUGCAGCGUUGAGCGCCGAACAGGCCAAGGGUGAGAAACCUUUUAGUUGUCCGGUGGGCUUUUUGCUAAGAGUGCGAGAGGAAGAACCGGGCCGAGAGACAUGGCUGCAGCUUCGCUGGGAAAUGCGGGUGCCCGUGGUCCUGGCCGAGGUGAUCCAGGCGUUUUCGGCCCCGGAGAACGCCGUGCGCAUGGACGAGGCUCGGGACAACGCGUGUAACGACAUGGGCAAGAUGUUGCAAUUCGUGCUGCCCGUGGCCACGCAGAUUCAGCAGGAGGUUAUCAAAGCUUAUGGCUUCAGCUGCGACGGGGAAGGUGUCCUUAAGUUUGCCCGCUUGGUCAAGUCUUACGAAGCCCAGGAUCCCGAAAUUGCCAGCCUGUCGGGCAAGCUGAAGGCGCUGUUCCUGCCGCCCAUGACCCUACCGCCCCACGGGCCUGCUUCGGGUGGCGGUGUGGCCGCUUCCUGAGGGUUGGCCCUCCCGUGGCACUGCUGGGGCAGGGAAGACCCCGGUGUUCCGGAGGAUAUAAAUGUGCCUAUGACUUCGC